UGUUAAAUAAAUAUAUAAAAAGUAUAUUUGAUUUAUUAUAAAAACUUGCCGACUUCUGAAAGAUAUAUUGAUAAAACUAAAUUGCGAUAAAUCCACGUUUCACUUUAUAAUCGGCAAAAACAUAAUUUGGUAUAAAAGGACAUACAGUCAUUAUAAUGUUGACUAAUUUUGAAUCAAAGUCGGCUCGAGUAAAAGGUUUAUCGUUUCACCCGAAGCGUCCCUGGAUUUUAGUUAGUUUACACAGUGGUGUAAUUCAACUAUGGGAUUACCGCAUGCACACUUUACUUGAAAAAUUCGAUGAACAUGAUGGUCCUGUACGUGGUGUUGCUUUCCAUCCACAAAUGCCGUUGUUUGUUUCUGGCGGCGAUGAUUACAAGAUAAAAGUUUGGAACUAUAAACAACGUCGUUGUAUUUUUACGUUAUUAGCACAUUUGGAUUAUGUACGUACAGUAGCAUUUCAUCACGAAUAUCCAUGGAUAUUGAGUGCUUCCGAUGAUCAAACUAUACGCAUUUGGAAUUGGCAAUCUCGUAAUUGUAUAUGUGUACUCACCGGCCACAAUCAUUACGUUAUGUGCGCGCAAUUUCAUCCAACAGAGGACCAAAUUGUAUCUGCUUCUUUGGAUCAAACUGUUCGUGUCUGGGACAUAUCUGGUUUACGUAAGAAAAAUGUUGCUCCUGGCCCAGGGGGACUUGAUGAGCACUUGAAAGGUCAUCCUGGUGCAACAGAUUUAUUCGGUCAAGCUGAUGCAGUCGUGAAACAUGUUUUGGAAGGCCAUGACCGUGGUGUUAAUUGGGCAAGUUUCCACCCCACUUUGCCAUUAAUAGUAUCCGGUGCUGAUGAUCGAUUAGUGAAAUUAUGGCGCAUGAACGAAUACAAGGCCUGGGAAGUGGAUACGUGUCGAGGUCAUUACAACAACGUCUCAUGUGUACUAUUUCAUCCCAGACAAGAUUUAAUUAUAUCCAAUGGUGAAGACCGCAGUAUACGUGUUUGGGAUAUGACCAAGAGACAGUGUCUAUACACUUUUAGACGUGAUGGUGAACGCUUUUGGAUAUUAACUGCACAUCCAACUUUAAAUUUGUUUGCUGCCGGACAUGAUGGCGGCAUGGUUGUUUUCAAAUUGGAACGUGAAAGACCAGCUUAUGCAGUUCAUGGUAACAUCCUUUAUUAUGUGAAAGAUCGUAUACUACGUAAAUUAGAUUUCACUACAACUAAGGAUAGUGUGGUAAUGCAACUACGAAGCGGUGCUAAAUCUCCUGUAUACAGCAUGUCCUACAAUCCAGCACUUAAUGCGGUUUUAAUUUGUACACGUACAAACAAUUUGGAGAAUAGCACUUAUGAUCUGUAUCAAAUACCUAAAGAUAGUGAAUCUCAAAAUGACUCCGACAGUAAACGUUCAUCAGGUAUAACCGCAAUUUGGGUUGCACGUAAUCGUUUUGCAGUUUUGGAUCGAAAUCAGCAACUGGUCAUAAAGAACUUUAAAAAUGAAGUAACAAAGAAAAUACCAACAUUUUGCGAGGAGAUAUUUUAUGCAGGAACAGGCAUGCUGUUAAUACGUGAUCCGGAAUAUGUAACUUUGUACGAAGUGCAACGCUUGGUGUCAGUUGGUUGCAUUAAAUUAGCUAAAUGUCGCUACGUUGUUUGGUCUGCUGAUAUGUCCUUAGUUGCGUUACUCUGCAAGCAUUCUGUUACGAUAUGUGACCGCCGUUUACAAUACUUAUGCACUAUCCAGGAAAAUUGUCGCGUUAAAUCUGGCGCCUGGGAUGACUCUGGGGUAUUUAUUUACACCACCAGCAAUCACAUCAAAUACGCAAUAACCAAUGGUGAUCAUGGCAUUAUAAGGACUUUAGACUUACCAAUUUAUCUGACGCGUGUAAAAGGAAAUCAAGUAUUUUGUUUGGAUCGUGAAUGUCGUGCGCUGGUCUUAAAUAUAGAUUCCACUGAAUAUAAAUUUAAACUAGCACUAAUUAAUCGCAAAUAUGACGAAGUACUUCACAUGGUACGCAAUGCACGCCUUGUAGGCCAAAGUAUCAUAGCAUAUCUGCAACAAAAAGGAUAUCCAGAAGUAGCUUUACAUUUUGUGAAAGAUGAAAAAACUCGUUUUGGUUUGGCUUUAGAAUGUGGUAACAUUGAUAUCGCACUUGAAGCAGCAAAGGCACUGGAUGAUAAAGACUGCUGGGAUCGUUUGGGACAAGCUGCUCUAAUGCAAGGUAAUCAUCAAGUAGUUGAAAUGUGUUAUCAGCGAAACAAGAAUUUUGACAGUCUAAGUUUCCUCUAUUUGAUCACUGGCAAUUUGGAGAAACUGAAGAAAAUGAUAAAGAUUGCUGAAAUACGAAAAGAUUAUUCAGCACAAUACCAAGGUGCACUGCUAUUGGGAGACAUUAAUGAACGUAUAAAUAUACUUAAAAAUUGUGGGCAAUUAUCACUGGCUUAUUUGACAGCAGCAACCCACGGUUUCACCGACCAAGCUGAUAGUUUAAAAGAAACACUCACGCAAGAGGGUAAUCCACUGCCUGAGGUUAACCCUGAUGCAGUUUUGCUUAAUCCGCCUGUACCAAUACAACAAGUCGAAACGAACUGGCCUCUUUUAACGGUAUCUAAAGGAUUCUUCGAGGGAGCUAUGAUAACACGUGCGGGCACAAGUGCAACUGCAAGACAAGCCCUAAAUGUAAAUGCUGAUGCAGCAAUUAUGGACGCAGGUACAUCUGGUGAUGGUUGGGGCGCUGAUGCUGAUCUAGAUUUAGGUGAAGAUGGAGAUGAAGAAAUGCAGGAUGCUUUAGAUACAGAAGCUGGAGCAGAGGGAGGUGAAGACGGUGCAGGUUGGGAUGUAGGAGACGAUGAUCUUGUCGUUCCCGAGGAACUUGCUUCUAAAAUUAAAGCGAAUGCAUUAGAUACAGGAUUCUUUGCCAACAAAGGAUUAUCCGUUGCGCAGCACUGGGCUAACAACUCGUCACUUGUUGUAGAUAAUAUAAAAGCUGGCGCUUUCAAGAAUGCAUUCCGCUUACUAAAUGAACAGCUUGGCGUAGUUAAUUUUUCACCUUUUAAAACACUAUUCUUACACAAUUAUGCCUGCUCCAGAACAAGCUUCACUGCAAUGCCAAACAUCAAAUCACUUUCAGCAUACCCAUUAAGAAAUAUUGGUGAAACCAAUGUUAAAAACCAAAGGCCAGCGUUGGGUAUUAAACUGAAUGACCUGGUUUUACGUUUACAAGCUGGCUACCAACUGACAACUGCUGGCAAAUUCACAGAAGCUGUGGAGAAAUUUCAUUCCAUCCUAAUAAGUAUACCGCUGUUAGUUGUCGAUACUAAACAGGAUAUUGCGGAGGCACAAGAACUGUUAAAAAUUUGUGGAGAGUACAUACUUGGUUUGAAAAUGGAAACCGAACGCAAAGGUAUGCCUAAAUCAACACUGGAAGAGCAAAAACGGCUUUGCGAAUUAGCCGCUUAUUUCACACACUGCAAGCUGCAACCUGUGCACCAAAUUUUGACACUACGUACCGCGUUAAAUAUGUUCUUUAAGUUGAAAAAUUAUAAAACCGCAGCAUCAUUCGCGAGACGUCUAUUGGAUUUGGGCCCGCGCCCAGAAGUGGCACAACAAGUACGUAAAGUACUGCAAGCAUGCGAAGUUAAUCCAGUCGACGAACAUCAGUUGCAAUAUGAAGAAUUCAAUCCAUUUAAUAUUUGCGGCAUCAGUUACAAGCCUUUGUACCGUGGUAAACCAGAGGUGAAAUGUCCGUUCUGUCAAGCAUCCUACGAUCCCCAAUACAAGGAUAGUUUGUGUGCGGUGUGUGAUGUGAGUCAAAUCGGCAAAGAUGCCAUAGGUUUGCGCAUUUCCAACUUACAAUUUCGUUAAACUUGUAAAAAACUUUCAUUUUAUUUAAAUGUUUACGUCAGAGGCGUUGAUUAUUAUUUGUAUUUUUAUUAUUAAUAUGAAAAUGUAAACCAUUUUGCAAUACACCAUUAUUAUAUGCUUAUAAAAUAUAUAC